GAAAAGAGAAGAGGCUUUUAUUCCAAAGAAGAUGUGGCUGAUCAUGAAGGUUUUCCUCUUACAAAUUUUAGUGUUUCAACUUUUUGGUGGUGGCAUCCAUUGCCAAGCUUCAACCCGUCGGCAUACUUUUGUGGUGAGGGAAGCUUCAUAUACAAGGCUUUGUAGCACCAAGAAAAUGUUAACAGUAAAUGGACAAUUUCCGGGACCAACUAUAUAUGCUAUGAAAGGAGAGACGAUCAUUGUCGAUGUUUAUAACAGGGGAAAAGAAAACGUCACCAUUCACUGGCAUGGGGUGAACAUGCCUAGAUAUCCAUGGACAGAUGGUCCCGAGUAUAUCACACAAUGCCCAAUUCAGCCAGGGUCAAAGUUUAGUCAGAAGAUCAUCCUUUCCUCUGAGGAAGGCACUUUAUGGUGGCAUGCUCAUAGUGACUGGACUCGAGCCACCGUUCAUGGAGCUAUAAUCGUCUAUCCCAAGAAUGGAACCAAAUAUCCUUUUCACAAACCUAAUGCAGAAGUUCUCAUCAUAUUAGGACAAUGGUGGAAGAUUGAUGUGAAUGCGAUUCGAGAUAAAGGGCUUGCAAGCGGAGCUGAUGCCAACGCCUCUGAUUCUUUAUUGAUAAAUGGACAACCCGGUGAUCUACUUCCAUGCUCAAAAUCAAGUACAAAUUAAGUUUAACUUCCCAUUUUAAAAUUGUACACAAU